AUGAACUUGACAAGAACCAUUUCCAACUCUGGUCAUGCUCCAGGCUUCCUCUAUGCAGGCUUCAACCAAGAUUACGGCUGCUUCUCAACAGGUCUCGAUAAAGGGUUUCGAGUGUAUAACUGCGAUCCGCUCAUUGAACAAGCACGAGUUGAAUCAGCCGAUGGAGGAUUCGGGAUUGUGGAAAUGCUGUAUCGCACCAACUAUCUUGCACUGGUGGGCGGUGGACGUAACCCAAGGUAUCCUCCCAACAAGGUGAUCAUCCAUGACAGUAUCAAAGGCAAGCCCGUAUUGGAACUUGAAUACAAGAGCAAUGUCAGGAGUAUCAAGCUACGGCGGGAUAGGCUGGCAGUGGUGUUAUCCAACAAGGUCUUUGUAUAUCAAUUCAGCGUUGAGCCUCGGUUACUGUACACGUUUGAGACAUGCGACAAUGAUCGAGGACUAGCAGCAAUAUCAUCUGAGCCAAAUCACGGGGUCUUGGUGAUACCAGGACGACAGCGGGGUCAUUUACAAAUUGUUGAUCUUGAUUCCCUUGGAUACCAGUGGCCAUCAACAACAACUACUACAGCACCCGGAUCCAACAAUGAAAUCAAUGUCAACGUCAGCAUCAUCGCUGCUCAUUCUGGCAGGUUGAGUUGUGUGGCCUUGAAUCGGGAUGGAACCAGAUGUGCUACAGCCAGCGACAAAGGUACCUUGAUUCGCGUAUUCAACACCAUGACAGGAUCGCUCUUGAAUGAAUUACGACGUGGCAUGGAUCGAGCUGAAAUAUACUCUUUGGCAUUCAAUCAUGAUUCUACUCGGCUAUGUGUGUCAUCCGACAAGGGCACUAUCCACGUCUUCAACCUUGAUCCAUCUGUUGUUGUCGAUCAUCAUACCCCAAAAAGAGGUCCCACCUAUGGUGAAAUCGUCGUAUACCCAGCCUCACUUUCUGCCAAGGAACAUGGUCUCACCGAUAGUGGCAAUCGUGGCAGCAGCCUUAGUUUUAUGAAGGAUCUGCUUCCAAAGUAUUUCAGCAGCGAAUGGAGCUUUGCACACGCCAAGAUUGUUACAGAAAGUCGCUGCAUCGUUGCAUUUGGCGAAGAAAGGAAUACCAUUAUAGCGAUCUGUGCUGAUGGCAGCUGGUACAAAUUUUGCUUUGAUCCAAGGAAAGGAGGAGAAUGUACUCGAGAGUCCUUUGAACGUUUCUUGAAAAAUGAAGAUUAA